ACACUAACAGCUGAUGCCGGUGACUGUCAGUCACACUGACCAGCAAGUAUACUGAAGGUGACUGAUGUAUCCUGAAGGUGACUGAUGUAUCCUGAAGGUGACUGAAGUAUCCUGAAGAAGACUUGUGGUGUCAGGUGUUGGAUUUCCCCAGACACACUCAGUCUGGAGUGUUUCAUAAGAGUGUUGUGGUUGUGUUACAUAGUGUUGAUGAUGGCUACUGCUGCUGCUGCUCCUACUGCUCCUACUGCUCCUGCUGCUGCUGCUGCUCCUGCUGCUGCUCCUGCCCCUCCUGCUGCUGCUGCAGCAGGAGGGGCAGACAAUACAUGUCGUGCCUGUACUGACUUCCAGUCCUGGAUGAGACACCAGAGAGCUGUCCUUCCCGACACGUUGGGUAAGGCCAAGAGUGCAUCAGCAGUAACAGCAGCACCUGCAGUAAGUGGCCAUGGAAGUCCUUCUGUGAAACCAGAAACUUCUGGACAUGAGUUUAGUAAUACAGCAGACGUUAAAGUAGAGGGCACCUCCACCCAAGCAUCAACAGAGAGUAAAGAGGACAGCAGCACAAAGCAGGUCUCGAAGGAUGCAGAGGAAGCUAAGGUUUCUUUUUAUGGGAAUGCAGCCAAGUAUGGGUGUCCAGCUGACAGUGUCUCUCUUGGCCGAGGAUCGUGGCGACUGUUGCACUCGAUGGCAGCUUACUACCCCACCCAGCCAUCUUCUCUGGAACAAGAUGACAUGAAGACUUUUAUUUCGCUUUUCUCCAAGUUUUACCCGUGCCAGCCUUGUGCCGAAGAUUUCAGAGAGUGGUUGAAGACGCAUUCCCCAGCAGUUGAGUCUCGUGGCAGCUUGUCACGGUGGUUGUGUGAUGCUCACAAUGAGAUGGGCAGCAGCAGCUGUUCCUCAGAAACAGUGAGAAUUGUGGCAGCAGCAACAGCAGUUACAUUGGCAGAACCUACAAGAACAAUGAAACAACAUCAACUACUUACUGACCAAGCAGCUACUAAGGCAAGUCAAGGAAAUGUUGGAAUAUAGCUGUGAACCAAUAGGCGAUUUAUAAAUGCAGGUAUUACUAAAAGAGACCUUUUAUUAUUAUAACCUUUCAUCUACAAAAUUCUUUAUCAAGCCUCUUGUAAUAAUAAAAGGUUUUGCUGUGUUA